AUAAUGGGUCAAAUACAUACAACUUAUAUAAUAAUGCUGGUCAAGAAAUAGGUGUUAAUUGUAGUUGGAUAGCAAGUGGACAAUUUGACUUUCUUUAAACUUUUUAUUAACAGAAAUAAAGCAGCAUCGAUUAUGAGGGCGUGCUAGAUGGUUAAUUCUGCCAUGAUGCAUGGGAGCCUAUUGUAACUGCAAGAUAUUAGAGUACCAAAGCAAAAACACUAGGUAAAAAAAUAAGUACCAAGUAACGCUUUCAAGGAAACUGUAUUCAAUGGUAGACGUUUGUAGGAGCUGUACCACAAUAGGACAAUUGUAUUUUGUUUUACAGACUAUUUGAAGAAUAGAUCUGUCAGUACAAACAGCGCAAAGGUGACCUUUUAACGGCAUUUGGCCCGUUAAACUUACGGAUAAAGUGCAUCACUAGUUCGAACUAUCUAAGAAUAAAGUUGUUCAUAAAUAAGAAUCCCAAUGACUGCCAUAGGUUAGCUGUAUUUAAGAGGAUCGGAUAGUGAUAGAGUUAGCUGAAAUUGUAAACACCUGUUUCAUGCCCUUAAAGUUAGGGCAUAACAAUAUGUUAUGUCGUAUUUUUUUUUAUUACUAUUUUAGUAGCGAUCUAGCGAUUUGAAGUUCAUUUGACAUAAAGUGGCAUAAGGACGAAUCAAUUUUCAGUUUCUUGUCUCAUUUUAUUCUCGAUCAGGGCUUCAUGGUCAUUUCGUUCUCUUAAUGAUGCGACACAUAUCAAUAAUUUAUGUUACAGGAACGUGUUGCUAAUUCCCAGGGUAUUUGACCGGCAAACUAGUCUUUUUUCUCUAAGCGAAUAAAUAAAACUAAGUGAGGUGGUCUCAUAAGUUGAUGUCUGAGUAUAAAUAAAAAGGGAAACACCUUCAUAAAAAGACCAACUCAUUUAUUGAUAAUAAUGAAAAUCUAUAAUUCAAUGCUAGAUCAACUUUAUUUUAGCUUGGUAACGAUAUGAAAAAGCUGAAUAUUCUUCAAGAAGUAAAUUCCUAAACUAUACUUUAUUAAUUUCUAUCUGGGACGUUUAUAUGAGCCUUCUGAGCGUAAUCAGGGAGUCCCUCUAAAGACUCGCUGAACAGACAGAGCACGCUUCAUGCAGCACGCGUCUAUCAGCACGACAGUUGGACGUCAUCCACGUGCUGAUACCAUGAUAAGUAUCACGGUCAGACUCGCUUAUCAAAUGUAUGGCAGCCGUUGACAAGAAAAGAAGCCAAUAACAAUUCAUAUCUUUGCGUUGAUUCAAAGGUUACUUCAAGGAUUCAAAGGUUAGGACAAAAUAGAAAAAUCGAUGUCUAUAGAGACGAGCGUGCACUCCGCCUGUUUAUAAAACGUUAUUAUACAUCUGGGCAUGCCUUUCGAAAUGUCUGAUGAUUUAACCAGAACCGCUAAAAAUGACUUAGGAAAAGUGUCUCUCUUUUCUAGGUUUAGGUUUUGAUGGGGUUUAACCUUUAAUUCAAUUCUAGCUGAUGAUCUGUUACUGUAAGUACCUUUUCCCAACGAGGCUGUACGUUUUAGAGACACUCAGCGAUCUUCGGGGACGUGCCGUUUCCAGAUACGUUAGUGCGUCUGUUCCAAGUAGUUCACCAGUAGUUUUAGGCAGUGGCCCAGAUCACCGAGUUUCGAAGCUUUUAUGAUUCAUGGCCCCACGAUACUAAUUACGUUUGCUGUCAUUCGAGGGCUUCCGUCGGCGAUGAUGCUUAUGGCGGUAGUGUUCGCAGCUCCGGCAGAGCAAAACUUUCGUUGUAAUACGCUGCCCGGUUGGAUGGCAAACGAAGACCAGUGUACGGUGCGGAAAGUAGACUCCGUCAUAGAUACGCAUGAUCAUAAUAUCUCGACGACAGACAACAGCAGUAUGACAGAGCGUAGCGAUAUGGUUAUUUGCACCGCUUGGUCAUUUGACCAUUCUGUAUACAAGGGGACCACGCUGGUAGAUGAGUGGGAUCUCGUAUGCGGCCGGAGAUGGAUAGCCUCUUUAUCUCAGAGCUUGUAUAUGUUUGGACUUAUUUUUAGCACGACCAUAUUCUCUCAUGUGGCCGACUGGUACGGGCGCAAAAGGGCCUGCGUGAUCUCACUCGUCUGUAGCCUAUUGAUGGGCGUCCUUCUUGCGUGCUCACCCUCAAUGGCCGUCUAUAAUAUUUUGCGUUUUUUUUCCGCUGUCAGCUCGAGUGGUUACUACGAUGCAGCAACAAUUCUAUUGGUCGAGUCUGUUUCUGCUAAUCAACGCUACGUGGUAACGUUGACCGCUGGUCUAGGAUGGACCGUAGGAAUGAUUCUCCUGCCUGUGGUUUCGUAUCUCGUCCCGAACUGGAGAGUACAGCAACUCGUCAUUGCAGCCCCAUUCGUGCUUCUGCUUGGUCUGACCUUCUUUAUCGAUGAAUCUCCACGAUGGCUACUUGAAACGGGCCGGCUUACACAAGCUCAUAGGACUUUAAUUAAAGUCCUUCGUAGCCGGCAGAAAAAUCGGUUUUCCGUCACCGACGACAUCACAGUAGAUGAUAUUAAUAAUUUUAUCGACGACAUUAAAACGCGGAAUGCCAUGAUACCUCACAAAAGUAAAGGGACUAUUGUUAAACUAUUUGGCGAACAAUUUUGGCGUUCAACCGUUGUCUUCUGCUACUCCAAAAUGGUUGUGUAUGUUCUCUGGUAUCACCUGACGGUGUCAUCGGUCACUGUGGGACUUAACCCGUUCCUGAGUUUUGCUUUAACUUCCCUCUGCGAGCUUCCCAACCGAGUACUGGACACGAUCGUCGUGCGGACAACUCCUAGACGGAUAGCGGCGGCCUCAGCUUUUACAAUUACAGCGGGAGCAAUGAGCGUCUACUAUAUCUUCUCUAAUGGUUUCUGGUUUGCGCGGUUCGCAAGCUUAGUGAUAUGUCGACUUUGUAUGGACGUUCAUGGAUCUGUUCAAAGGGUGCAUCUAGCCGAGCUUUAUCCCAGCGGCUUGCGAUCUUUAAUCGCUGGCUUCGUCUACACGUGUGCUAAUCUGGCUGGUCUCCUUAGUCCCUUCAUAGAUUACCUUGGGCAAGCCACUUAUCAAUGGGUUCCAUCUGUAAUGAUCGUGUUAUUAUGCCUCAUUGGAAGUUUAGCAGCGCUCUCAGUAAAGGAAACUUUUGACCGAGAUCUUCACGAGGAAAGUUCCUAAAAGCUCGCUCCUAUCAACGAUUAAUAAAAGCAAUAAGAAAUACAUAAAAUAUCUUAUUCGCCUAUUACUGUGUAGAGCUCUGUUGCUGAAAGCAAAAAAAAACGCUAGGAUCAGUAUUUACGAUACGAUGACACUAACGCAAAGCUACCAAGGAACCGUAACAUAUCAAUCUUUAUUACUAGCAUGCCUCGUUAAACAGAUGAAGUUUCAAACUGUAGCAGAAGUAGUUGAGUGAAUUCAUUUUGCUUAAAAGCAUACGAUACCCUUGUGUAACGGGAUUCAAUGCCAGGA